AUGGAAGAAUGUAAUAUUGUCCCUCCACAACAAGGCAGAAAAAAGGUAGCUGCUAAAGGAUAUUUGAUGGUUAAAGAUAAGAAUAGAAAUGAUCUAUUUUAUUGGAAUUGUGAAAAAGAGGUAAAAUACAAAUGUAAAGGACGUGCGUCCACAACGUUAAACGACGUAAGACAUGAGUUGAGAUCCGGUAAAGCACAUAAUCCGGUUCCGGGAAGCUAGUCGUGCCGGUGUUUUAUAUUAAAAGGUAAACAACAAAUUAAAUAAUUUAUAAUUUAUUGUUUGCUUAUCAAUAAAGGUUCGAAUUAUAAUAAUUUUAAGGCGCAGCAAUGUCCACAACAAAUAAACCGUUAAAAAUACAAUCCACAAAUUCACAAUCCGAUGUUUCGGUGAAUAUAAUACCUCAUCUUCCCAGUAAUGAAGCGCAACGGAAGAAAACAAAGCGUAUGCGUGUUACUCGUCACCAUAAUACAAAACCGACUUCAAUCGAAGAUCUCAAUAUACUUAAUGAACUGAAAAAAACAUUAUCUCAGUAUCCAUUUCCCGUUAAACAAUCAAUAGUAGGUUUGUUAAGUGUUUCACAUAAUAAUUAUGCGAUAUUAAUUUUAUUUCGUUUUGUAUUUAAGCGAAGACAAAAUACUUUUAUAAUGAAAUAAUAUAUAAUAUUAAAUUAUUUUUUCUUUAGUACACAAUUGAUUUCGUUGAAAACAAUGGUAUUAACUCAACACCUGAAUACAUAAUAAGUGAACAUUGAGUUGGCUGCAAUAAACGUGAAUUCCCGUUAUCCAAAAAUAAAGGUUGUUUAUUGUGCUUGGCGAAAAUUACAUGGUUUUGGCCUGUCCAUUGAGUAUGGAAAUAACGAAGAUUUCAAUAUUAAAGUUCGGCAAACGAUGGCUCUUGCAUAUUUGCCUCCGGAGGAAAUUCCUGAUGAGAUAAAAGAAAUUAUGCCUGAAAAUGCAAGUAACUCUGUACAGUGGUCCGGGGAGAAAUUACGUAUUAGGUAAAAUCCGUCGUACAGUGCGCAAUACCGACCACCAGUGGAAUCAACCACUUUUUCUUCCGUCAUUGUGGUCGAUCUAUGAAAAUAUUGAUAUUUAAUUUGUUUAAUAGUUCUCAAUUAGUCUUAAUUGUACAGUUUGCCUUAUCAGCUAUUACCAUUAUUUUAUAGAUACGGAUGUUCCUAUAACUUUUAACCACGCGGAGGCUUGGCAUUGGCGAUGGAAUGCGGUGACAGAAAGUGUGCAUAUCGGUUUGUUUUGCUAUUGUUACGGAGCUGCAGAAAGAGCAAUGUAA